AUGGGACUUUCUUUCACGAAGAUUUGGGCACGCUUGGCUGGGAAGCAGGAUCGAAAGAUCGUCAUGGUUGGCCUGGAUGCAGCUGGAAAGACCACUGUGCUGUAUCAGCUGAAGCUUAAUGAGGUGCUGAUGACAAUCCCAACCAUAGGCGUGCGUGGGCUGGUUGUGUCACGUUUACUAAACCGUGUGCAACAACAGCGAUUUGAAGCACCUUCCAAGGUUGCCAAACUCAAACGCUUUUCUGCCGCCAUGGUGCGCCUUUUGCCUGUCUGUCGUCAGCCAACCACGCCUGGGUAA